AAACCCCCAAAUACUUCGUCGCUGCCAAUGAUUCAAAUGAAGAGCAAUGAAGAAGCCCAAGCACAAGCAGCGAAGAAAACGAGAGAGUUGCCCAAUCUCUCGGAAUGCCAUUCGUGCCACCUGAGAGUCGACAUUGCCAACGCCAAUGCCAAGAGCAAGCUUCACGUCCUGUACAGCGAGUGGCGCAUUGUCCUUCUCUGCAAGAAAUGCUUCUCUCGCGUCGAGUCCUCGGAGCUCUGCUCCUAUUGCUACUCCACUUCGUCGUCCCAAGAAUCUUUCUUUUGCCUCCAGUGUCACCGGAAAGUCCACAGGCAUUGCGAUUCCGAGUACCGGAGCGUUGCGCUCUUGUCCGAUUCUUGUUCGGCCAUGGAGUUUUCCGUCUGCGCCGAUUGCUGGAUUCCGGAGUCGCUGGUCAAGUGGAAAAGGGUUGUGAGCAGUAGCAAGUCUCGAAGGACUGGAAAGAGAAGAGUUGGUUUGGGAUUGGGGAAAUCUAGGGUUUUGGCCAUGGUGGAUGACAGGGAAAUUGAUGAUGCCUUUGGUAGCGAAGAGGGCUCAAACAGGAGGGAUGAGGAUGCUGCUGUUGAUGUUGAUGAUGGGCAGUUGGAUGCCAUGGACGGCUCUGCUGAGAAGUUGUGUUCGCCGAAUUUGAGUGUGUGCUUUUGUGAUUCAUCAACGGACAUUGGGUGUUUGAAGCUGGAACCAAGAGCGCUUGAUAUUGAAGAAGAGAGUGGGGAUGAUGAUGAUGAUGAUGAGCCGUUGAAGGAAGGAGAUUGGAGCUGCUCCAAUGGUGAUGACUUGGAGUCUCCAGCUUUCUGUAAACAAGAGCAAGAGGAAAGUGUUUGUAUUACCACGCCAAAGAAGCAAAGGUGCAAUGCAAAGCUUGAUCCUUUUUAUUUCAAGUAUAGGAAAAGGAGCACUCUUGAUCGCUAUGUAUUAACGUACAAGAGGAGAAGUCCCAAAAACCUCAACGCUUCUUCUAUGGUAACAUAUAAGAGAAGGAAACCUAAAUGCCUCUAUGCUUGUUAUACGUUUACAUAUAAGAGGAGGAGACCCAGAAUUCUGUAUGCUCGUUCAACUGGUUCAUCAUGAGACCUGGACUGAAUCUUGAUAGCUACAGGUCAUCACUGGUGCAGUUUUGUACACUAUCACACUUGUUUGGAUAGUAACUCUCAUGACCGGCGACUCUAAGAGAGCUGUUUAGUUUUUUGUUGUAUGAUAGUUAGAGCUUUAUUGUAUUGGCAGUUCUGUACACCUUCUCGAUAAGGACUGUAAUGGUAUUGGUUUAAAUAAAAGGUCCACAUUCAGUAAAAGUUCAGCAUUUGAUUCAUGUAAAAAUGUGUGGUUUCUGAA